AUGAUGCAGAAUGAAAUUCUCGACUGCAUUUAUGAAGUCUAUAUAGAGGACAUGAAAGAAAAAUUGCAUGCCGCUCGUUAUGUGGCCGUUGAAGUUGAUGACACAACUGAUGUCACCUGUAAAUCUCAGUUUGCAAUUAUUCUAAGAUAUGUGGAAAAUUGUGCUCCUGUUGAAAGAUUCUUCAAAUUUGUGGAGGUUCACGAUAGAACUGGUUCUGGCCUUGCUCAAGUAAUUUUGGAUGAGCUUGCUCCGUAUGACCUACAGAAUAAACUUAUAGCACAGUCCUAUGACGGUUCAACUGUUAUGAGUGGCGAUACUGGUGUUCAGACAAUUUUCCAAAGCAGGCAGACAACAGGCAUUGGUCUGAAAAAUGCCAUUAUAUCUGACUUUAUUUCUGCCAUUGUGAGGGUGAGAGGAAACCUUUCACUAAACAUGGAGAAGGAAGAGGCUGUUGGGAAAAGACGACGUAUCACCACACCAUUCGAAGAUGCCUGUGAAGUGUGUGAUAUACUGACGACACAGUUGCCAGAUUGGUUAGAACGGUCUGAUUUGCACCUGGCUCUUUCAGUUGUUGAUCCAAAACAGUUCAAGAAAUUAAGAACAAUUCCAUCUACUAAAAUAGAUACCAUUGUGCAAAACUACCCUGACAUCAACCGUCAUUUUCUGGAGACAGAGAUAGAAGUACUGUAUUCAAACGAAAGUUUUCAGUCUGAACACACUUCCACGGUCACCAAGCUCUUCACAUUCCUAAACCAGUCGGAAUUGACAGGCGAGUUUCAAGAAGUUGGAAAGGUUUUAGAAAUUUUACUGGCAACUCCUGUCCAUACUGCAGAACCAGAGAGAUCAUUCAGCACUCUGAAACGCAUCAAAUCGUUUGCCAGAAACGCAACAUCCCAAGACAAACUUAAUGCAUUGGCUGUGUUGUCUGUGUACAAGGACAUCAUCACAAAGGAUCCACAGUUCAAUGAAAAAGUUAUCAGCAAAUUUGCUCUACAGGAAAACCGAAGGGCACAGUUCAUGUAUAAAGACGCAUAG